AUGGGGAAGGAUUUGUUGACUGCAGAAGCGGUGACUAAACUAUUAAGAUCGAAGGACACCUCCAUCACAGAGAUUGUCAAUACUGCAAAUAGUCUUUUGAAUAAUACAUUGGAUAUAUAUUUACCUGGAAAAGAAGUGUUUGUAUUGAACUUACUAUGUGACAGAUUGAAUGACAAAUCAAAUGGUAAAUUUGGAAAGUGGAAGUUUAACAAGGAUGUAUGGAAUUUGCUUCUUCUGGUUUGGUCGAAAUUAAAUCACCAGAAGGUAGACAGACAAAGGGUAAUACAGAGAUUGAAAAUCAUUGAGAUUAUAAUUUUGGUUUUACAGCAGAACAAUGACAAUGAAGUCUUCUCGAGCUUGUUUGAGUUUCUUGGUAUUAUGUUUCAAGAGUCUUACAUUAUUGCAGAUGAAAAUUCUGCUACACAAUUAUUGAAAUGCUUUGUUGAACACAUGGAUGUUCUCCAAGCUAGCGAUUCAAUUGUGAGUUGGACUGAACUAGUUCGAGAUAUAUAUACUCGUGCCUGCCUGAAAAUCAGUUUAGAAGGAUCAAAGAAGUUUUACAAUAAGUUUUUUGAAGAUUGUUGUUUCCCCUUGAUCGAGUAUUUAGCCAUUUCUGAAGGUCUGUCUGUCUCACCAAUAUUAAAGGAGUUGUUAAUUCAAGGGGUGUUCAAUGCGGAUUCCACAAAGUACUACCAAUCAAGUUUAGAGCGGGAGCUCAAAAAGAAAGACAUCAAAGAGGUAUCAGUGAUAUAUUUAUACACCUUAACGGUGCAACUUUUCAGUGCCAAACAUAUGGAAAUAUGUGAAGGGGUAUAUUCUAUCAUGGCUUCAAAGUGUCCUGACUUGGCAGAAAAGCUAUUGUCUAUUUUGGCAAGCUGCAGGAAAACAAUUUCUAAACCAUUUAUAGAGCUGAUUUACAAAGUAGAGGUUGCUGAUAAGCCUUUUAAACAAUUAAACUGGGACAUGGUUAAACAUAUAUUUGCAAUUGAUAGUGAGUUGGCAAUUAGCAAAUCAGGGUUUUUGUUCAAGACUUACAAGUCUGAAUUUCAGUUGGAUGACAAAGUUGUACCUGUUGCUGAAGUGAUUGUUGAUGGUUUUGCAAGAAACCGCGAAUUGCUGGAUUUUUUUACAAAAGUGUGGCCCAAAGCCAUAAAGAGAGACGAGAUAUGGGAAUCAGAUGAGUUCAUACAUACUGUAUCACAGCAUGUUAAGACUUUUUCAGGGAAACAGUUAAUUGAUGUCAUCGAAAGCUCGUUUUAUGCGGAUAAGGGGAGUCAACGUGCGAUUUUUACAGCAAUUACAAAGGGACUAACCAGUUCAUCUGCAAACCUAAUUGAUGCCGUCAAACAGACAUUAUUAGACCGCAGCAACUAUUUCAAUGCCACAGAGAAUUUUUGGUGUAUUCGUUAUUACUUGCUCUGUUUAUAUGGCACGGAUUUUACUAUUGCUGAACAGAAUAUGAAACAGAAUAUUGAUUUGUACUAUCAUUUUUCUAUUUUCAGAUUAUUGGAGUUACAGGUUAUCAAGGAGUAUUCAAAGUCUGAUCAAAAGUAUUUUAUUGCUUGCAUUGAAGGGGAGAAGGAAAUGAUAUCUCCGAUUUUCAAAAGAUGGUUGGUCAUUUUCAACAAAUUUUUUGAUAGUGACUUGUUGAUUAAGUUAAUUCUGCUUGGAUAUCCAGACAUUGAAUUUGACGAUGUAUUUUUCGAACAACCAAAGCUAACAACUUCAUUGAUUAGAUUCAUUACUGAGAAUUUACCAGCAAGAAUGGAUCUUAUCGCUUCUAUACCUAUUGUUUGCUUUAAUAAAGCAUUCAAAAAGGAGUUACUUAAUGGUUUGUUUGUCUUAUUUGUAAGCAAUCCCACUAAGGAAACACUCGAAAACAUUCAGUAUUUGCUUGGCCAGCCUACUUACCUGUCUAUUUUGGAGACAAAUUUUGAUAACAUGUUAAAAUUGUUGACUGUUAGUACUGAGGAAUCAAAAUUGAUAGCUUAUAAUGUCAUUGAAAUUGUAUGGAAAAAUAAUGUCCGGCAGAUUAAAAAUGAAGAGAAUCAAAAGUAUGUCAACGAUGCUAUCUCGAAAUUGAGUAGUUAUUUGGACUCCAUGUCACAACAAAUAAUUCUGCCUGAACUAGAAGCAAUUCUGAUAAUACUUACAAAUACUAAGGAAGUUGGUUUAUUCGAAAAUACGGAAAAGGGGUUGAAUAAGUUAAAUGAAAAGUUUACAAACUAUUGUAUUAACACUUUAAACAACUGCAACACCCAAAAUUUUAUUACUGUAAGGUGGCUAUUACAGGCACUUGUAAUGUUGCCACCUAAAUCAUUGUCUUUUGAAAAUGUCAUUUCCUGUACAAAAAGAUUAGAUCCAAAUAUUUUGAAAGACAACUCUAUUCAAUCCACAUUGUUUCAAUUGAUUUGCAAGACAAUAGACUUUAACUACAAGAGUUUGGUCUAUGUUUUGAGUUUGUUUGUCUCUUUGCUGUCUGGGAGAAAUACGGAGUUGUAUACAGUGUUAAAGUCGUUAUUUCAAAAAUUUUCUAAACAUUCGCAGUUAUAUUUUGAAGUCUUUGAUUUUUUUACCCGUUCAAUUGAUGCUGUCCCAGUUGAAUUCAAUUUAAGUUUUGCACAGAUUGCUUCCAUAUUUUUGAGCACAGUUCCAAAAGACGCAGAUGCCAAUCGCUACAACAGCAAAUGUUUUACUUUUUAUGUUAACGCUUUACAAUCUGGAAACGAAUGUGUGGCCAUGCAGAUUUUGACUAGCUUAAAAGAUUUGUUGACUAACCAGUCCUGGAUUUUCAAACAAAAUUUGCUAGAAAUAACUUUAGUUAUUGUUAAAACCGGAUUGCAAAAACUAAACUCUUUUGCCAACCAAGAACAAAUUUAUAUUUUAUCAACCCAAAUUGUUUCCCAUAUCUUGUUGUAUCACAGGUUUAAGAUUGCCACUAGACACCAUCUUGUUUUGAACGUGAUGUCAAGUUUAUUGAAGUACCUAGCAGAUGGAACUUCAAAGUUAUCAUCAAACACAGAAGCUGCAUCUGCCUAUGCUCGUUUAUUGAGUAAUCUAUGUGAACCUUCGGAGAGAGUUGGAGAUAAGAUGUUUCACUUAACAACUUCGGCAAGUUAUUUCAAAAAAUUGUUAAGAAAACAUUUGUCUGUUUUAUUAAGCAAUUAUAUCUAUUUUAAUUUGAAGUACACUUUUACUCGUACUGUGAAUGAUGCUAUAAUGCCAGGAAUUUACAGUAUGUUUACUGUUUUGUCACAAAAUGAAUUGAGAGUAGUUAAUGAUUCUUUGGACUACGGUGGGAAAGCAUUCUAUAAAACUUUGUAUAAUGAUUACAAAGAUCAUGGGAAAUGGAAAGAUCAAUAA